UUCCUUUUCUCACUCAGAGAGAGAAAACCAUAAAUACCAUGUGGAUUUUAGAUUUUAGAGUUAGGGCGAGGGAAAAACAAACCUAACCCCACCCUCUCUCUUGUCUCCUUUUUUCCGGGUUUUUCCCAUUUGCAGAAAAAUCAGGACAUAGAGAAGAUGAAUACUACUACAUUGUUUGGCGGAAUCAGAGUGCUUAAUGUACAUCCUUGUCUCUCUGCUUCCUUCUCCUCCUUCACCCAUGUAACCCUACCCUGUUCUUCCUGCAAAAUCCAUUUCACACUCUCAGACUAGGUUUUGCUUUUUCUUCUUCUGUUUUUUUUUCAAAAAUUAACGAGAAAUUUCUUCAAGGGAAGUAGUGAUGGAUCCUUGCCCUUUCGUCCGCCUGACAGUGGGGAAUCUAGCUCUGAAGAUUCCUGUGGCGAAGAAGCCGGCGAGUUCCGUUGUUCAUCCGUCGUCCUCUCCUUGUUUCUGCAAGAUCAAGCUCAAGAGUUUUCCUCUUCAAACCGCUGUUGUUCCCUACAUUCCUUCGGAGAACCAGUUCCCCGACAACCAGCUUCAAACCAUAGCGGCUACUUUCCACCUAAGCAAGGCCGAUCUUGACAGGCUUGCCGCCAAAUCGAUUUUCGGAGGGAAGCUGUCUCUCAAGAUAGCUAUCUACACCGGCCGGACAGGCGUGGCCUGCGGUGUUAACUCCGGGCGUUUGUUGGGGAAGGUUUCCGUGCCGUUGAAUCUGACCGGAGUGGAGUCCAAGCCUUGUGUUUUCCACAAUGGAUGGAUUUCGGUUGGGAAAGAACCUGCCAAAGGAUCCACUGCGCAGUUUUACUUGAACAUUAAAGCGGAACCUGAUCCACGAUUCGUGUUUCAGUUUGACGGCGAGCCAGAGUGCAGUCCUCAAGUGUUUCAAAUCCAAGGCAACAUUAGGCAGCCGGUUUUCACUUGCAAAUUCAGUGUCAGGAACACCGGUGACCGGAAUCAGAGAUCCAGAUCGUUACCGUCGGUGUCAAGCUCACGAGGUUGGUUAACUUCGUUUGGCAGCGAAAGAGAGCGACCGGGAAAGGAGCGGAAAGGAUGGUCAAUCACGGUUCACGACUUAUCCGGUUCGCCAGUAGCCACCGCUUCGAUGGUCACGCCUUUCGUGGCAUCACCAGGAACAGAUAGGGUGAGCCGCUCCAAUCCUGGAUCCUGGCUCAUUCUCCGCCCUGGAGACGGAACAUGGAAGCCGUGGGGCCGGCUUGAGGCCUGGCGAGAGCGUGGAUCCUCCGACGGUCUUGGUUACCGUUUCGAGCUCACCUCAGACAUGAGCGCCGCCGCAAUCGUGUUAGCCGAGUCCACACUGAGUUCAAGCAAGGGCGGAACAUUCGUAAUCGAUCUCGGAGCUGGAUCCAACGGGCGCGCCACGCCGGCAAACUCCGCAUCUCCGGUGUGCAGCCCGAGAAGCAGUGGUGAUUUCGGUUUCGGUCUCUGGCCCUUCUGCGUUUACAGGGGAUUCGUGAUGUCGGCUCGCGUGGAAGGGGAAGGCAAGUGCAGCAGACCUUGCGUGGAGGUGAGCGUGCAGCACGUGAACUGCACGGAAGAUGCAGCUGCUUUCGUGGCACUCGCGGCUGCCGUUGAUUUGAGCAUGGAUGCGUGCAGGCUUUUCUCUCAACGGCUGAGAAAAGAACUCUGUAAUCAACAGGAUUUACUCGGCUGAUUCAGAUUCUGUCGGUUUUUUACCCUCGGGUUUAGUCGCUUUUGAGCAACGGAUUUUAUAUUCCGUCCCCAAUUGACAGCUUCACCACGGACCCUACUAACCCCCUAAAAAGAAAAAAGCAACAAGCUGUGUACAUAUAGAUUAGACAGGCACGCUUUGUUUUUAGUCGUGUGGCUUGUAUUAAUUUUUUUUUUUUAAUGAAAAAAACGGUGAGAUGGUUUUUGGAGAUAUUGUAUUCAGCUGACCUUUUUU